AUGUUACUACUGCCUCCUGGAGUCGUGGUACUCAUGUUGAUGCAGCAGGACAUAUAUACUCUUAAUUUGGUUGCUGAUAGUCUUGAUGCUGGCUAUACUCUUAAUUUGGAAUUGGAUGUUUGCAAUUGUUCAAGUUAUGGGGAUUCAUCUGUUGUUAAUCGUGGAGUUGAUGAUGUGACUUCUGUUGGUGGUUCUAUUUUAUCUUCAAACUGCAAUGAAGAAUCUGGUACAAGUCAUUCUAUUUCAUCUGCUGCUCAAAAGACGUAUAUUCCUUUGAAUGUUCCCGACGUUUCGAAGCCAACUAUUAAUCAAUGCUUUCAGAGUUUGGACCAAGGUUUCAUAUUUUACAAGGAGUAUGGUCGUUUAGGUGGUUUUGAUGUGAGGAAGGGAACUGAAAAGAGGGAUGAAUCUGGUAUAGUUAGUAUUAAACAUUAUACAUGCAGUAAAGAAGGGUGUAAUGAUUUUCGUAGUACUUUGGAUAGUAAUUUGAGUAAAGUUAAGCGAAGGCGGACUGCUUCUAUUAGGUGUUGUUGCAAAGCAAAGAUAGUAUUAAAACUUAAUAAGGAUAGAGAAUAUUUUGUGUUUAAGUUUGAUGAAGUGCAUAAUCACCCCUUGGUUGAUGAAUCUGGAAGACAAUUUUUGCGAUCUAGUCGUCAAAUGACUAUAAGUUCGAGGAAUUUUGUGUUUGAUGCUGCAAAAGUUAACAUUGGCUGUAGUAAAGCUUACGGUUUGAUGAAAGAAAUGGUUGGUGGGUAUUCUAAUGUUGGAGCUACAGUGAGAGAUUUUAGGAACUUUAAUCGGGACUUGAAAUGCUACAUUGGAGAAGGAGAUGGACAAAUGUUAAUUGAAAAGUUUAAAGUGUUGCAAGAGGGGUCGAGUUCUUUCUAUUAUGCAUAUGAGCUUGAUGAGACAGGGCAUUUGACGAAGCUUUUUUGGGCUGAUGCAAUUUGUCGGAGGAAUUUCGAGGUGUAUGGGGAUGCGGUUUCAUUUGAUGCAACGUUCGAUACAAAUAAGUAUAAUAUGAUAUUUGCCCCGUUUACUGGGGUUGAUAAACACGAAAAAUGUGUAACUUUUGCUGCUUGCCUUUUGGCAAAGGAAGACGUUACUCAUUAUAAAUGGGUUUUUGAUCAGUUUUCUACAUGUAUGAAACGUCAUCCUAUUGUUAUCAUCACUGAUCAGUGUCCAGCAAUGAAAAUUGCAGUUUCUUCGUCACUUUCUUCAGAAAAUGGUUUCGUUGCUACUAAACACCGCUUGUGCAUGUGGCAUAUAAUGCAUAAAUUUCCCAUAAAGCUUGGUAAUCGGUUAUGUAAAGAGACUGAUUUCAUGGAGAAGAUGAAAAAGUAUAUAUGGUCAAAUCAUUUAGAUAUUGCUGAGUUUGAACAAGGAUGGCAGGCUGUUAUGAAGGAGUUUAAUUUGGAAAAUAACAAGUGGUUGAGUGACAUGUAUGCUAUCAGAUCUUCAUGGAUUCCAGCUUUUUUUAGAGAUGAGCCUAUGUUAGGUUUAAUGAGGACCACGUCUAGAUCAGAAAGCGAGAAUCUUUUCUUUGCUCAGUUUCAUAAACAAGCUGAUUCAUUAUGUGAGUUUUGGUUGCGUUUUCAAAGUGCAAUGCAAAGACAACGAAAUGAGACGGAGAGGCUGGAUGAAGAGUCAAAAUCGAGCUUUCCCAAUACAUUGUCUACAUGGUUUAUUGAAGAUGAGGCGGCUGAUUUGUUUACUCGGACAGUUUUUUACAAAGUUCAAGAGGAGAUUUUGGCAGCAUGUUUGGAUAUGCAAAUCAAACGGAUGAGUGAAGAGGUGGAAGGUAUUACUAAUUUUGAAAUAAAGGAUGUAAAAGUGAAAGAAAAGAUCUUCAAGGUAUCGGUUAGUAAAGAGCAUGCUGUUUGUUCUUGCAAGAAGUUUGUGAUGUGUGGUAUAGUUUGCAGGCAUAGUUUUUGUGGUAUGAAGCAUAUUGGAGUAACAAGAUUUCCUAAAAGUCUUAUUUUAAACCGAUGGUCAAAAAUUGCUGAUUGUGGAAGCUCGUGUGAUAUGAUAUCUGCUGAUUAUUUUAAGAUGGAGAAGGUUUCAUUAAAAUUGAUGAACAUUUGGUUUGAUUUUCGUCAAGUUCUUAACAAAGCUGGAGUGCAGAUGGAAGUCCUUGAAUUUGUGCAUCAAACUGUGAAGGACUUAAGCACCAAAGUUGGCGGUAGUUUGGAUGGUGCUUCUUUUUCCAAAAAGGAUCACAUGGCUGCUUUGAUUGGUGAACAGCCUCAAGGGGAACUUACUGUGCUAGUUCCGAAUAUUUCUAAAAACAAAGGAAAUUAUUUUAAAUCAGGGAGGUUGAUUAGCGAGAGGGAGAAAACAAUUACAAAAGCGAAUAAGAGAAUACGAAGGUGUAAAGAAUGCUUAGCUACAACUCAUGAUUCACGUACUUGCCCAAAGAAGAAGAAGUUACAAAAGUGA